AUGUAAGCCCCAAGGGAAGUGGAGAUCUGCAUCGAUCUGGGCUCCACAUUCUCGUGCGUGGGCGUGUUCCAGCACGGCAAGGUGGAGAUCCUCGCCAACGACCAGGGCAACCGCACCACGCCCAGCUACGUGGCCUUCACCGACACCGAACGGCUGGUGGGAGACGCCGCCCAGAGCCAAGGGGCCCUGAACCCGCACAACACUGUUUUUGACGCCAAGCGGCUGACAGGGCGCAAGUUCUUGGACGCGACGGUGCAGUCGGGCAUAAAGCAUUGGCCCUUCCAGGGGGUGAGCGAGGGCGCCAAGCCCAAGGUGCGCGUGUCCUAUCGCGGGGAGGACAAGGCGUUCUACCCCGAGGAGAUCUCGUCCUUGGUGCUGAGCAAGAUGAAGGAGACGGCUGAAGAGUUCCUGGGCCAGCCCGUGAGGCACGCGUUGAUCACAGUGCCUGCCUACUUCAACGACUCGCAGCGCCAGGCUACCAAAGACGCGGGUGCCAUUGCAGGGCUCAACGUGCUGAGGAUCAUCAGUGAGCCCACUGCGGCCGCCAUUGCCUAUGGGCUGGACCGGCGUGGGGCAGGAGAGCACAAUGUCCUUAUUUUUGACCUUGGUGGAGGCUCGUUUGAUGUGUCGAUUCUUACUAUAGACGCCGGCGUCUUCGAGGUGAAGGCUACAUUUGGAGACACUCGCCUGGGUGGAGAGGACUUUGACAACCGGCUGGUGAACCACUUCGUGGAGGAGUUUCGGCGGAAGCAUGGGAAGAAUGUGAGCGGCAACAAACGGGCCCUUCGCCGAUUGCGCACAGCCUGUGAGCGAGCCAAGCGCACCCUGUCCUCCUGCACCCAGGCCACUCUGGAGAUUGAGUCCCUGUUCGAAGGCAUGGACUUCUACACAUCUAUCACUCGUGCCCGCUUUGAGGAACUGUGCUUGGACCUCUUCCGCAGCACCCUGGAGCCUGUGCAGAAGGCCCUGCGGGAUGCCAAGCUGGGCAAGGCCCAAAUCCAUGAUGUCAUCUUGGUGGGCGGUUCCACCCGCAUCCCUAAGGUGCAGAAGCUACUGCAGGAUUUCUUCAAUGGCAAAGAGCCGAACAAGAGCAUUAAUCCUGAUGAGGCUGUGGCCUAUGGGGCUGCGGUGCGGGCGGCAGUGUUGAUGGGGGACAAGUGUGAGAAAGUGCAGGAUCUCCUGCUGCUGGAUGUGGCUCCCCUAUCACUAGGGCUGGAGACAGCAGGUGGGGUGAUGACCACAAUAAUCCAGAGGAAUGCCACCAUUCCCACCAAGCACACCCAGACUUUCACCACCUACUCUGACAACCAGCUUGGGGUCUUAACCCAGGUGUAUGAGGGCGAGAGGGCCAUGACCAAGGACAACAACCUGCUGGGGCAUUUUGAGCUCAGAGGCAUCCCUCCUGCCCUGCGUGGAGUCUCUCAGAUUGAGGUGACCUUUGACAUCGAUGCCAAUGGUAUCCUGAGUGUGACAGCCACUGACAGGAGCACAGGCAAGGCUAACAAGAUCACCAUCACCAAUGACAAGGGCCAGCUGAGCAAGGAGGAAGUGGAGAGAAUGGUUCAUGAGGCUGAGCAGUACAAGGCUGAGGAUGAGGCCCAGAGGGAGAGGGUGGCUGCCAAAAACUCCCUGGAGGCUCCUGUGUUCCACAUAAAGGGCUCCUUGCAAGAAGAAAGUCUUAGGGACAAGAGCCCUGAAGAAGACAGGCGCAAAGUGCAAGGCAAGUGUCAGGAAGUCCUUGCCUGGCUGGAGCACAACCAGUUGGCGGAGAAGGAGGAAUAUGAGCAUCAGAAGAAGGAACUGGAGCGAAUCUGCCACCCCAUCUUUUCUAGGCUCUGUGGAGGGUCUAGCGUUCCUGGAGGCAGCAGCUGUGGGGCUCAAGCCCACCAGGGGAGGCCCAGUACCGGCCCCAUCAUUGAGGAAGUCAAUUGAAUGACUCCUCAUGCUAAGUCUGAUAUUACUGUCAAGGUUUGGGCCUUUGGGCCUUCUAGACUGUCUUCUAUUAUUCUGUCCUGUAACUUUAGGGGUUCCUGGGUAAGAAGUGUGUUCCCCCUAAAGAUGGGAGCUUUCUUCACAGUAUGUUGUAUAACCCAGGUCUUUGUCAUUUGACUUUUUGAAAAAAAUUCCUCUUCUUUGAUUUCAAACAAACAGAAGUCAUUAAUUUAUUAUUAACAUUUGUGUGACACUUUAACAUUGCUUUCUUAUAUAUUUUGUAUUUUUUUUUACUUGCAUGUGUGGAUUUUGUUAUGUGAAAUAUAGUUGUAGAUCUAAAUAAACUUUAAAACUUC